AGAGCACACCUCUCCACCCUCUACGGCCACCUCACCGCCUGCGACUCCAUCCUCACCCGCGUCCAACACACCUCCACCCUCCUCGACUCCCUCCAACAAAACUACGAAUCCGUCGAACAGCGCACCAAAGCCCUCCAAAACGCCUGCGAGAAGCUGCUCGCGGAACAAAACUCCCUGAGCGAUAUGGCCCGUCACCUCGCCGAGCGGUUGGAGUACUUCAAUGAGAUUGAGCCGAUUGCGAAAUUCUUUGCGGCGCCGGGGGAUCAGGUGUGCUUGGAUGAUAAGUUUGUGCCGACGUUGUUGAGGUUGGAUGAGUGUUUGGUGUUUGUUCAGAAUCAUGUACGUUUGGAUGAGUCUUUGAAGGGCAUGCAAUAUAGGGAUGCGGAGCUAUACCUGAUGCGAUUCCGACAAUGUAUGACGCGCGGACUGACGCUUAUCAAGAUGCAUUAUGUGCAGACACUACGGGCGUUAAUGGCGGAUAUCAAGGAAAAAAUUGCCAACAGGGGCCCAAAAGAACCCCUCACCCCCAACCUCCAACUCUCCCUGUUCUACGUCAAAUUCCGUACCAUCGCACCUGCGCUGCGGUUCCUUCUAGCUCAGCUCGAGGCCCGGUGCGAAAAUCACCCAGAGUACUUUGCGUUACUGGGAGAUUGUCUGUCGACCUACUUCCAGGUGCGGAAAUCGCUGCUGGAUCCCUAUAUUGCGGCGCAUAUACAGGCGUUUUUGGAGACGGGGGACAUUCUGACUAUGUCGCGAAGUGGUUGCGCCUAUGUGCUACGGCUUUGCGCAGAUGAGGUGGCGCUGUUUCACCAGUUCUUUCAUCUUGGGGAGGAUCAACUUGCAGCCUAUCUGGACUCCAUCACAACGCACCUAUAUGAUAUACUCCGCCCCCUAAUCUUGCGCGAGCAGCGAAUAGACGCCCUCUCAGAGCUCUGCCAAACCCUCCAAAUCUACCUCGACUCCCCCGACCUCACGACCAGCGUCCCGCACCAACAAGGCAGCACCGACAACCUCGACACCAUCAACGAGCCACCCAAACCCAAACCCAUCGAAUCGGUCGUCAGCCAGAUCCUCGAAGACGCGCAGCAGCGACUCGUGUUCAGGAGCCAGCAGUAUAUCCGCGAGGAGAUUGAAGGGUUCACGCCGCGGGAGGAGGAGUUGGCGAUUUUGGCUAGGGGGAGGGGGUUGCCGCAGCCGAUUGCGAUUCAGUCGGCGUAUAGUGUUGCGCCGGUGUUGACGGAUGCGGGGGCGAACCCGGACGGGCCGGCGGUGCUGGAUGUGGAGAAUGAUGAGGAUGACGAGGAGGACGAGGAGGACGAGGAGGACGAAGCGGUCGCUGGUGAUGCCCCCGAAACUCCCGCAGGACAACCUGUGCAGUCCACCACCACCCGCACAUCCGAACAACCCUCCGCGAGCGCCAUCGGGAAACUCGUCUUUGGCGGCGGCGAAUGGUACCCCACCAUGAACCGAACCCUCUACAUCCUCGGCAAGCUCUACCACUGCGUCCCGAACCCCACCUUCGAAGGUCUCGCGCAGGAAGCCGUCGACAGCUGCCGUGAGUCCCUCCUCUCCGCGUCCACCAUCAUCACAUCCAAACAAACAAAAUUGGACGGCCAGUUCUUUCUGAUUAAGAAUUUGAUGAUGCUGAGGGAGCAUAUCACGCCGUAUGGGUUGCAGUUUGUGAGGCGCGAGGAGCAGGUGCUGGAUUUUGGAGCAUUGAGGGAGGCUGUGGGGGUUGUUAUGGGGAGUAGCUGGGAUUUGGGGGGGUUGGCGAGGGUGGGGAAGGGGUUGUUGAGGGGGGCGCCGGUUGUUGUGGAGAGUUAUGCGGAUGCUAAGCAGGCCGUGGAUCAAGACCUCAAACGCGUCUGUGAAGAAUUCAUCCUCGAGACCGCGCGCGCGUGCGUCGAUCCCUUGACGGCGUUCAUGGUGCAAGUUUCGCAGCUCAGGAGCCGGGCGCCCAAAUCGAGGGAGCCGCUGAUCAAGCAGGGGUUUGGCACGUCUGAAGCGGUCCUAGCGACAUUCAACGCCUUCCGCAAAGCGAUGCAGGAGAAUGUCGGCGCAGCCGUCGGGAAGAUGACGGAUUAUCUUGGCGAUCGGAAGACGGAGACGGUGCUUGUGCGGGUUAUCAAGUCAAACAUCGUAGAAACCUACUCAGCCUUCCACGCAACCAUCGCGUCCGAGUACGACUACGCCGUCAUGAAGAACCUGGCCUCGGUCGUGGAUGUUGCCGCGGCGGUGGAUGCGAUUUGUCGGUCGAGGAGGGCGAGUAUGCGGUUGCCGUUGGAUUUGCCGACGCCUGUACGAGGAAAGGGACAGCAGCAGGGGGUGGAAAGGGAGGCGGAGGUGGAGAUGAUACCGGUGGAUGAUGGGGGGGAUGAGGCGGUUGGGCAGUGA